GUUUAGCACACGCACAAACACACAUACAAACACAUGCACAAAACCAUAGACAAGUAAACAAAUACUAUGAAUCACACUUGAGCCUCAAAUCACUUUGGAAAUCACCUAAAGAAGCUACAGAGGGAAUAAAGAAAGGGCCCACACUGAGAGUUGACGGAGAAUCCUGAGGGUCUGAAGUGAGGAGGCAGGUUGUUCGGGCGGUUUGUGAGACUCUCUGGUCGCACAGAGCUCCCGUCUUCACUAGCAGGUGAAGGACUCAUUCACAGAGACAUUUACUCACACGCUGGAUGUUGUCACUUCUUCUCUGAGCUUCCUGAUUUUGGACAAAAGGUGUACUGACAUUAUCCACCAAACAUCAUGGACCAGGAGGAUGACAAAAACUCUGUGGAUAUCCAUGACAACCCUCCUGCUCCUGACAACUUUGUGAAAGAGGACGGAGACACUGUCUACUUCAUAUAUGAGGAGGAGGUAGAGGUGGAGGAGAAGGAACCAGAACCUCCUCCUCCUGUUGUCCGGGUCAACGACAAACCCCACAAGUUCAAAGACCACUACUGCAAAAAACCCAAAUUCUGUGAUGUCUGCGCUCGCAUGAUAGUCUUGAACAACAAGUUUGCUCUGAGGUGUAAAAACUGCAAGACCAACAUCCACCAUUCAUGUCAGUCCUAUGUCGAGUUCCAGAAGUGCUUUGGCAAAAUUCCCCCUGGCUUCAGACGGGCCUACAGCUCACCGCUGUACAGCAGUGACCAACCAGAUCCAAACAACCCGAACCGGAACGACCCCGUCUUCGACACCCUGCGGGUCGGUGUCAUCAUGGCAAAUAAGGAGCGCAAAAAGAAUGAAAAUGACAAGAAAAAUAUGAUGAUGAUGAUGGAGGAAGAAGAGGAGAACCAACAGCCCAAAGAGAAUGAGGAGGGAGGAGAAGGGAAGCCUGAUGAUAAGAAGGAGAAAGGAGAACACAAAGCAGAUGACAAGCAUAAGGGGACGUUCUCCCAGACCCACUAUUACCUGGCUCUCUACCGCUUCAAGGCCAUAGAGAAAGACGACCUCGACUUCCACCCCGGUGAUCGGAUCACAGUGCUGGAUGACUCCAAUGAAGAGUGGUGGAGGGGAAAGAUGGGGGAGAAGUCGGGCUACUUCCCCACCAACUACCUCAUAAAAGUGCGCGCAUCGGAAAGAGUUUUCAAGGUGAUGCGCUCCUUUGUAGGGAACAGAGAGAUGGGACAAAUCACACUGAAGAAAGAUCAGAUUGUGGUGAAAAAAGGAGAUGAGAAAGGCGGCUAUUUGAAGGUCAGCACUGGACGCAAGCUGGGCUACUUCCCUGCUGAUCUGCUGGAAGAGAUCACUGUGACAUAAACAAAACAACAUGCAAUGAAAGAGCCCACAACACACUUUACACAUCAGCACAAAUUAGAGACGUCACUGUUCGGAAGAUCCUCCUGAUCCUUUCUAGAUUUGCUCUUCUUGUGUCUGUGGCAGCAGCAAUGUAGCUGCUGUGAUGCAUGUGUGCCUUGGACACAAAGUCUCUCUCUGAAGUGAGAGAUUAAGGAUUAAUACUUGCAUUAAUAAGUUGUUGGUGAUGUUGGCUUUGUUGAGAAAAGUUACAACCUGCUGAUUUGAGCUACUAGAAGUAGAGACAACCUGGAGAGACUCGCAUGAGGUCAUAAAUGAAUGUACUGAUUGACAUAAAGAUAGACAGUAAACAAAGGUUUGAUAUAAUAUUUAACAAAAGCAUCAAUUUAUUAUUAAUUACAUUUGACAAUACAUCCUGUUACAUGUCACAGUAGAUUAGUUCAUUUGGCCAGAAUAAAACUUUAAUGUUUUUUUACGAGCUAUAUUAUUAAAACAUGAAUUUAGUUAUGUAUUCACCUUUAACAUUACUGCUAAAUAACUAAUCUCACUGCUUCUUUAGGUAGGAUCCAUGAAUCAAAUGUUUUGCAUCGUAUUCAUUUAUCCGUCUGAUAAAUAUGUUAAAUAUUAUUGUCUAAUAACAUCUAUGACUUGUUUGUUACCAUUUGCAAGGCUCUCUGGGUCCUUUAACGUCACGUAAAUACAGGCUUCAAAGUCAUUUCGACAUUUACAUAGCUUUAUAUUAACAAUGAGAGCAAACAGUGCAAAGACAAUUUCUUACAUCGGGCUUGUACAUCACUUCACGCGUGACCCUGAAGAAAUGUUAUAUGAAAACAAAUUAAGUAUUAAAGACCGCAAUACUGCUCAAAA